AUGGCGGGCUUCCUUCCCACCACCCUCCUCACGGUCCUUGGGGACCGAGCCGCCGCGGCAGUCCUCGCGCCGCCCACCGGCAGGGACAUGCUCACCGUGGGCCUCGGCCUGACCUCCGUCGCCGCCGUGGCCCUGCCCCUGGGCCUGUCCAGCGGGUUCCUGCGCCCCAGGCUUGUGCGCAGCCCCCUCAGGUGGCUGCUCGGCGCCGCGCUCAACUUCAUGGCGCCCGGCGCGGUCGAGGAGGCCAUCUUUCGCGUGCUGCUGAUCCCCCAUCCCGUGGCGGAAGCGGAUGCCGGGGUUGGUACAGUGGCCGCGUGGGUGGCCGCCUCUACAUGCCUGUUCCUGGCGUACCACCUGUCGCCGAUGCACCGGCCCCAGCGGGUGUUCCGGGACGGGCGGUUCCUGGCGCUGGCGGGAGCGCUGGGGCUGGCGUGUGCGUUCGUGUACAGGGAGACGGGCUCGCUGUGGUGUGCCGCUGCUACACAUGGUCUGCCAGUCACUGUCUGGCUGUACGCUUUGGGGGGACUGGAAAUACUAAGAGGACCAUGA